AUGAUUGUAUCCAAGUCUUCCUCUUGCUUCUGUGUUAUCGAAAUCGUCUCGCCUCUCCGCCGUCAAACACUACAAUAUUACAAGAACCAUUCAACAUCACACCGCGACCCCUUGCUCAGACCAUCAGACUCGUUCAUAACCGAAACUCUCGCUGCGCUAACGACAAUGGCCAACCGAGAACUGCCAAUCGAGGAGAAAGCCAAACGUCUUCAUCCGAACGAUCACCACUACAGAUUGUUUCGAAUAUUUGAGGAGGAGGCAGGCCAUAAGCUUGCAGCUAUGUUUCUGGACAUGCUUGAGAAACUUCUGCAGUUUAUGGAAUUAUCGCCAGAUCAUCCUCGAGACCAAUACGCAAUCCGAACACUGCUUGGAUUUGCCUGCGGUGAGGCUCCAGUACCAUGGACAUCUACCAAAUUCAGUCCGGACGCAAUCGCUGAAUCACUUGCAAGCUCUGUGAAAUCAGGCCGAGUCAUGUUGAUAGCCACCAAACAACCCAUCUUACCCAGAGAUGUGAUUGCACGAGGCUACGAUUCGAAGUAUAUCGGUUACAACGACAUUAUUGCUCCGAUCUUAGAAACCUUGAACGAUUAUGCUACAUCGUGGCAAUCAGAUGUCCAAUUCGCACCUUACACAUGCCUAAUUGGCCCGACUAUGAUCGGAAAAAGUCGACUGCUGAUGGAAAUCGCAGAAGAAGUCUGUGUCGUGUCCAUCUGCCUCCGCAACGAGGGGUCCACCGGUGAACCAAAACGGUCUCUUCUCGCAGACGAGGUACUCCUGAAGGCAUCCGCUGAUUACAAGGAUUACUACAUCAGACUCAUAACGGCAAUCUUAUUGGUCACCGUCCGGUUUUUCGAAUCUCACCCAGAAGAGCCCAAAGAAAAGUACCAAAAAUGGAACAAGCACCAAGCCACAACACAAUUUCACACGGAUGUCAUGAAAGCAUUGAACAGCUGUUUGUUCAACGCUGUUACUGCUGUCAAGCAGCUUGGCCUCGCAGUUGACGCAAUGAAACGCAAUGCGUCCCUGGCAGUUCCUGGCCUGAAGGUCUUACUGGCCAUUGACGAAGCCAGCGCUAUGCUCGUCGAACCAGCCAACGUGGAAAUCCAUCUUUUUCGCCUCUUUCGCCGUGCUAUUAGAGAAAUCCCUGAUCAUUCCGGCGUUUUCGCUAUCGUGGUCGACACCACUUCUCGCGUGUCAAACUUCUGUCCUGUGAACCGAGAGGACCGCAGCUCACGUGCAAUAGGUUCUCGUGCAAAAGCGCCGAUCAAGCUGUUCGCCCCCAUCUACAUGAUACGCACCUUUGAUCGAAAGGCCCACCCUCAACCAAACAAUUGGGACGAGCUAUUCUUGCCGAACCGACUAUGCAGCUAUGGCGUCCCUUUUUUCAGCAUAUAUCUCGAAGACUUGAUGGAGGAUCGAGCGAUCACACCCGAUACAGCUAUCCCCCCAAUGGUCAAUUUUGCGUUGCAGAAACUUCUCUGUUCUGAAGAUAUCACAGAAUCGCUCAAGUUGACUGAGAUCCAGGCACUUGCUCCUGUCCCAGUGACCAAAUUCCUCGAGACUCUCACCGGGCUGCCGGCAAAUGACUUGCCUCUGGGCUCCAUCGCCAAAGAUCCCAAGAGGAAACUGCUCGAAGAAGGCAUGAUGUUCUGGAACCAUUUCAUGUAUUGCUCUUCUACGCCGACUUCUGGAUCACUAAUGGAAGGCAUGGAAAGAGGGAUGGCUAUGCAGUGCUACCCUGAACAACGUGCAUUCGACCAAAUUUUGCCUAUCUACUUGAAACAUGAGUCCCGAGCUACGCUGGAUGAGGCAAAUCUUACAUUUUGCGGUGUUCAAGUUAAGAACCGAAAAGACGACCGCCAACUGCCAGAAUUUCAGGAGAAGAUGACUCCUGAAUCCGCUGGGAUCAAGACCAACGACUGCAACCCCUAUCUCGCGUUGUACUUCAGCUUGCAGCACAAAGGACCAAAAGACAACCCCAAAGUAUAUCAGCUACCUCCUUUUGGAACUCCCGAUGAUCGACAGGCGUCUUUAGUGUUCUAUGGAAUCCAGGCCUUUGAUUUUCUCAGUCCCCAAUUGAAGCACGCCUUGGAAGAGCUUAUCAACGUUCGCACCGAUAUUACAUCUCGCCACAAAGAAGAUCCACUUGGCCAAGGCUACGCGAAGGACUUUAUGUUAUUGCGGGACUAA